AUGAUGAUAACAGGGAUAUACACCAACAGACAAUCCGUAUUCUUUGCAGAAUCGAUCAAUGUUGUUUCUCUUCCACCAUCUCAAUAUACUCAGCUUCGGAACGAGAUCAAUUUCUGGUGUCUCAUGUUCCUGAUGAUUGCUAUUGUCAACUGCAUCGCAUGGGUUGGCCAAGGAACAUGUUUCUCCUAUUCUACGGAACGACUAUCUCAUAAAGGCCGAUACCAGAUGUUCAGGUCUAUUCUUCGACAGGACCAGGCAUUCUUUGACCAAAAGGAGCAUUCACCGGGAGGAUUAUCCUCAUUCCUCUCCACGGCACCAACGGAGCUUGCGGGCCUUAGCGGUGCAGUAAUCGGCGCCUGUUUGACGUUUAUUGCCACUAUUGCAGGAGGAUUCAUCCUCUCCUUAGCGGUGGGCUGGAAACUUGCCCUUGUCUGUGCAGCAACAAUUCCGAUAAUGACAGGCUCCGGCUACAUUCGACUUAGAGUUCUCUCGCUCUUUGACGGCCAGAUGCGGGCAACCCAUCAAGAAGGUGCCAUAUAUGCUAGUGAAAUAAUCACGGUUAUCAGAUCCGUUGCCUCGUUGACGCUUGAAAGCCAUGUUCUAGACGAAUACAGCCGGAUACUGGCCCAGCGUGCAGCCAAAACUAUGAGAUUUAUUCUGAUAACCUCCACUCUCUAUGCUGCAUCCCAGUCUUUUACAUUCUUCUGCAUGGCACUUGCAUUUUGGUAUGGUGGGACGCUCCUGGCGGAUUCUGAAUACAGUAUGCUUCAGUUUUUCAUAUGCUUUGUUUCCUUGAUUUCAGGGGCACAAAUUGCAGGGGCUAUCUUCAACUUUGCUCCAGAUAUGAGUAAAGCGCUUCAUGCUGGCCAGCGUGUGAAGGAGCUCUUUGAGCUGAAGCCUAGGAUCGAUACGUGGGAUAACUCAGGCCAACGCAUCAACGGCAGCACUGGACAGAUUGAUAUUGUGGAUGUCAGCUUUAGGUAUCCAAACCGCCCUGAACGACUGGUUUUAGACAGGCUCAACCUCAGUAUCGGUCGCGGCCAGUAUGUGGCAUUGGUAGGGUCUAGCGGCAGCGGUAAAAGCACCGUUAUUCGCUUAUUAGAGAGAUUUUUUGAACCAACAGAGGGUAAAAUCCUGGUGGAUGGAAAGGAUAUUUCCCAGCUCAAUAUCAAUGACUACCGGAGCUUAAUGUCCCUUGUUAGCCAGGAACCUACCCUGUAUGAGGGAUCAAUCCGGGACAAUAUUCUUCUAGGCACCGAGAGAGAGGUAGGGGAGGAUGAACUUGUGCAAGUGUGCAAGAAAGCGAACAUUUACGAGUUUAUCUCUUCUCUACCGUGA